AUGGUGGCUCUUCUCAACCUCCUUGCCAAUGAGAAUAGCCCCUGGCAGCUUCUGCGUCUCAUCUCAGAGAGCAUCCCCAACAUCCACUCCAAGAGCGCCAGUGGGGUCCAACACAAUGGCCUCUACACCAUCUUCAUUGGUCAAGUGAACAAGUCCUAUACCUUCAAUCCAACAAUAGGUCAUGUCUUCUAUCAGCUUGUCCUUACUGCCUACACCUCCAGCACCAAAGCGCAAAGCAUUCUCAACUACACUCCCCUUCAUGCUACUCCACUUCAUGCCAACUUCAGCUACCACAUCAAUGGAGCUUCUGCACAACCAAAUGAAUCCAAGACCAACAUCAUCACAAGUGCUAUUGUGAUCCAUGGCUGUGCUUGUGGCAGUUGUUGUGGGCACUGCUGA